AUGAUUGAGGAAGAUAACACUAAAGUAAGAUAUCUCUAUGUAUUUUAAUACAAUAAAGGAGAAUAUCAAAAAAUAAAUUAUGAUGAGUUAUUAUAAGUAUAAAAUGGUUAAGAAUUUGAUUGUGAAGAUUUAAUUAUGAGAUAUGGUGAAUAAAUGACAGGAUACUUUAAAAUAUUAUCUGUAUCUGAAGUUGUUGAUAAUCUAUUACAAUAGAAGCUAAGUCCCAAUUAUAGUGUCAAGAUUGUUAAAAAUUUAUUCAGAUUUAAACUUAAAAUAAGAUUAAGUUCUUUGGGUAUAGUAAGUAUAAAGAUUAUGGUUCAAAGUUAAGUAUUCAUUUCCAAAGGAGAUGAUAAAAUUACAAUUAAUUCAUUUGAAACACUCAUUUGUGAAAAUGGUUAAUAUCUGAACUAAUAAAGACAAAGUGAUGACGAUAUUUGUUCUCCUACGCCUACAACAUGCGAAUUGCCUAAUCCUAAAAACAUUUGCAAUUGCGAGAAUUUUUAUUAUUAAAAAUCUACUUAAAAAUGUAUCCAGUGUGACUCUCAAAUGAAAUUUGAUGAGUCUAAGGAUUCUUGUUAGAAUAUUUGUCCAGAAGGAUACUUUUAUAAAUAUUCAGAUUGUUUUAAAUGCAUUCCAAAUUGUUUAGUUUGUAAGGAUGAUAAGGCUUGCAUUUAGUGUGAUUAAAAUAAUGGGUUUUAUUUAGACUUUAAGAAAGAUGGUUGUACUUGCAAAUAGGGCUAUUACCGAAUGUAAAGAAACCAAAAGUGA